CUGAACUUCACUCAAAUUUGACCACUACACCUGUAACAUUGUUUCUUAAAGAGAUAGUAUCAUUAAACCAGGAUUUGAGGAACUCGAGUAUGGAGCGCUCUAAACCAAAACAGAUGAAUCAAAGUGAAAAUGAAACAGAAGGUAAAGACACUGCAGUCAAUGGGCUGCACUUUGACGGCCGGCUGAAGAUGCCCGGAUGGAGCGCUGGUGGUGCUGCAGGAGACCCGAGUUCCUUGCCGUCCUCGAGCGUGAUGGAGAGCUGGCGGGAAGAGCGCACUCGAAGUGUGGAGGACAAUGAAAUGAGCCUGCCGAGCAUCGCUGCCGCAUACACUACAAUUCUCAGGGGUCUUGGGGAAGAUCCGCAGCGUCAGGGACUCCUGAAAACCCCUUGGAGAGCCGCCACUGCCAUGCAGUUCUUUACCAAGGGAUAUCAGGAAAAAAUUAUCGAUGUCCUGAAUGAUGCAAUCUUUGACGAAGAUCAUGAUGAGAUGGUGAUUGUGAAGGACAUUGACAUGUUUUCCAUGUGUGAACACCAUUUAGUUCCUAUUUUUGGUCGGGUUCAUAUAGGUUACCUCCCGAACAAGAGAGUUCUUGGACUAAGUAAAUUGGCACGGAUUGUUGAGAUAUACUGCAGGAGAUUGCAAGUUCAAGAGCGGUUGACCAAACAGAUUGCUGUCGCCAUCACUGAAGCGUUACAGCCUGCCGGAGUCGGGGUGGUUGUCGAGGCAACUCAUAUGUGUAUGGUCAUGAGAGGCGUCCAGAAGAUGAACAGCAAGACAGUGACUAGUACCAUGCUGGGCGUUUUCCGGGAGGACCCCAAGACACGAGACGAGUUCCUGACCCUGAUCCGGAGCUGAGAGGGUCGGUCUUCGCACCCCACUGCCAAAAAACUCGGACCAGACCCCUUCAUCUCAAAGGAGCUUCUGCCUCCAAAUGAGGCACUGCUGCUGUGUAACAUAGUGUCCCACCCACAUCUGGGGCGGUUACCUCGAUAAAACAUCUCCUCUGUAUCACGUGUGUGUGUGUGUGUGUGCUCGCAUGUAUGUCAGUGAUCGGGGUCUUGUUCUCUGUGGUUCAUCAUGUUUAAUCAGUAGAGCUUUGGGAGUCUCUAUUGACAAAACUGUGCUUGUUGCUGUUACAUGGAGACAUUGUAUUUUCGAUAACGAUAAUCCCUUCAAAUGUUUAAAGCGAUAGUUCUCCCAAAAAUGAAAAUACGGUCAUUAUUUAUUCAUGCCUUUUUUGGUUUCAAACCCCUAUUUCUUUCUUCCACGGAAUACAAAGGAGAUGCAAAAUGUUAGCCUCAGUCACCAUAGACUUUAAUUGCAUCUUUUUCCAUACAAUGAAAGUGAAUGGUGACUGAGGCUACCAUUUUGCUGCAGCUUUUAUUUUCCAUGGAAGCAAGCAAGUCAUAUGGAUUUAAAACAACAUAAGGGUGAGUGAAUGCUAACAGAAAAAAAGUUUUGGGGUGAACCAUCACUUUAACCUGACAAAAUGGCACAAUUAGGUCUCGCUAAACUGUCAAGCACCAAACCCACCGAAAUUUGUUUACAUCUCUUUCCUGUUGGGUCACAUUUGCGCUCUAUUAAGCGCAACUUAGUAGCAUGAGAAUUUUUUCAUCUUUUGAUAAGGGAGAAAUAUGUCAUUUCGAAAAUCUGAAAGAUUUGACAAAUAUAACCCUAACAAAAAAGUACUGUGUGGGGUACCAUGGUACAGUUGUUUAUCAGAUAGUAAUACACCAUGGUUGAUAUAUACACCAUGGUCCUGGAUGAUGUUUUAUUAUAUUUACAUGGUAUUUCCAUGAUGCAUUUCUAAAAACAUGGUAAUACUAUGUACCUUAAUAUAAAUAAUAAAUACCUUGUUCACAUACCAUGAUAUUAACAUGGUACUCAAGGUACUUCAAAAUGAUUACUAUGGUAUUACCAUGGUAUAUGUGCAAAAUUACAUAGUAUUACCAUGGGAUCAUCUCCAAAAAACAUGACAACACCAUUGUACUUUGAUAUAUACACUUUGGUACUAAAUGAUUACUUUACUCAAAUACCAUGGUUUUUACCUGCUACUCUAAGGUACUUCAAACUGUUUCAAAAUGUUUAUUGCUAUGAUACAUGUAAAAAAAAACAUUAGAUUACCAUAGUACCAUUUACAAAAACAUGGUUAUACCAUGAUACUUUGAUAUAAAUUAUUACCAUAUUCACAUAUUUACAGGGUGCUUAAAGGGAUAGUUCAUCCAAAACUGAAAAUUCUCAUUCUUCAGCUGAACACAAAAGAAUUUAAUCUCAUAUCGCAUCAAAAGAUAUGGAUUUAACAACUGGAGUCAUAUGGAUUACUUUUAUGCUGACUUUAUGUGCAUUUUGGAACUUCAAAAUUUUGGCACCCAUUCACUUGCAUUUUAUGGACCUACAGAGCUGAGAUAUUCUUCUAAAAAUCUUUGUGUUCUGGAGAAGAAAGUCAGUCAUACACAUCUGGGAUGGCAUGAGGGGGAGUAAAUGAUUAGAGCAUUUUAAUUUUUGGGUGAACUAUCCCUUUAUGAGAUUACUAUACUAUUACCAUGUUAUAUGUCUAAAAACAUGUUAAUAGCAUAAUCAUUUGACAAAUUAUUAUCAUAUUUAAUCAUAUUUAUAGGAUAUUGAAGGUAUUUAAAAAAUAUUUCUAUGAUAUUACCAUGGUACAGUAUGUCCAAAAAACAUGCAAAAACCAUUGUACUUUGAAAUACCACGGUACUAAAUAAUUGCAAUAUUCAUAUACCGAUAUUUACAUGCUAUUCCAAAGAACUUCUAAGAUCCAAGUCCAAAAACAAAUAUUAUUACCAUGGUACCAAUAUAGUCAUUAGUAGCUUCUUUUCUGUAAAUUAAUUGUCCCAAAAGUGUUUUAUCGAUCCUUACUUACUCGUAAAUCUUAUAAAAUAUUUUAUAUAAUGUGUCUUCAGUCAAUAAUUGUGCCCAGACCCACAGUAUCAUCUGUUUUUAUGCUUGAUCAAACAAAGUGUUUGUUUAAACUCAUCAUUAACAUUAUUUACAAAGUCUUAACAUGUUUUGUGUAACACUAUUAUUUUAUGUAUUAAAUCAGCUGUCUGAAAUGUUGAAUAUUGCAUGUUAAAGUGAUGACCUGGUCCAGCCUUCUAAAUGUUCUGUCUUUAUGGUGAUAGCUGUCGUUUAAGGUUGUAUUUUGUAAUUAUUUGUUGGGAAAAAGACCAAAGGUGAAAGGUGCAGUCGAGGUCAAUGUAGCCCCUGAUUUUGCACACUAUGUGAGAUAUACAGAAAGUUCUUGUAUUGAUGUGAUCUUUAUAAUUAAAAACCAUGAAGAAAAAUAAUAUUUUAAGAUUCUACAUUUGUAGAACAUAUUUUGUAUGUUUACUCUGACACAUGUUUACAAGUUAGAAUAUAUACUGUAGAUAUGUAUCAUUUCGAGAAUUAAUUAUAUAAAAGGGAUAGGAUCAUUCACCCAAAAUUCUGAGAAUUGUGUUAUCAUUUAUUUACCCUCAUGUUGUUCCAAACCUGUAUGACUUUAUUUUUCACAAAAGAUGUUAGGUAGAUUGUUAGUCACCAUCCACUUUCAUUGCAACUUUUCCCCCCCUCCAUCUGAAGAAAUUCAUACAGCUUUGUAACAACAUGAGGAUGACUAAAUUAAGACAGAAUUUCAUUUUUGGGUGAACUAUCCCUUAAAAAUCUGAAACAACAGUUUCUAUGGUUUUAUUGAUAGUGUAUUGCCCGUGUGUGUGUGUGUUUGUGUUUUAAUCAUUUCUAUCAAGUUUGUUUGGACAAAAACAUUUCCAAAUACAACUUUACAGUUGCUUUUGAGGUUUUAAAGACAGCAUAUAAGAUGUUUCAAUGUCACAAUCACGUCAUAUCAGAAUCAGAGUCAAGAAAAUGAGCACUUGAUAUUAAGAAAUCUAGUGUUAUUCACGUGGCCUUCUUUAAAGACUCGAUAAGCCUUUCAUACACUUCAAAUGUUCAUCAUCAUUUCAUCUUCAAAAAUAAAUCAAGUAAAAUCGUCUUCUUUUUAAAGCAUUUCUUUCCUGGUCUUUUCCAAGUAGUGGAAUCUGAGGGGGUUCAGUAGAGAGCAAAGCAAAGGCAGAAAUUUCAAAAGGUUCAGUAUAAACAGAUAAACAUAUUUGCACUGAGUCUCAAGUUAAUUAUUACGAAUUCACUAACAAGAUAUAUUUAAAACCACUUUCAUUCAUUUACAUAUAGGAAUACAUCUCAUUUCUCUAUUAAAUCUUUUUCCUUACAACUUUGAUGAACAAGACUGUCCACCUGUGUGACAGUUUCAUGGGGCCCAUUAUCAAUGUGUUUAUAAAACAGUUGAGAGUGACACAGCAUUUUCAUUUUACAGAAAGCUCUGCCUCUUGGCAGUAAAAAUCUGUUUGGGGCUCUCUGAUUGGUUGAAAUCCAGAGGAGGCAGUAAAUUCCUCCCAUACUCAUGUGGUUACACUGAAUAGGAGGGCAAAGCUUCCUUCAUACCAUUCAAACACAUCUUGUUUGAAAUCAGAGAAACAAAAACACAUGGCAUCCUUUCCAAAAGUUACCCUUUAAUAUUGUUCAUCUGUGGUUGUUAUAAAGAUGUCAAGAAUUGAACACAGACACAAUGAAACAAACAAAAAACACAUUCAAUGGACAGACAGAACAUUAUAGACCCAACACACACUCACACAACAGUAUAAUCUCCCAUUUUCAUCCCAUACAACCAGAUUACACACACACACACACACACACACACACACACAUAUAUACACAUGGGCCCCCCACAGAAACAAGUCAAUGGCCAAUCAAAAAAGAAAGCUCUUCUUUUCUUGACUGAAGUGAUUUAAAAUAUUUCAGAGGAAUCAUCUUUAAGUGAAUCUCAUCUUAAGCCUGUGCUAAAAUAAACAGAUAGCCUUAAAGGGACAGUUCACCCACAAAUUUAAACUCUGUACUACUCACCCCCAUGUUGUUCCACAUUUGGACUGCUCAAUUCAAGAGGUUGAGAACCAGGGUCAAAAAAAAACAAACAA